CAAGCUUGCCGUUCGCUGUGCUCGAGCAGCUUCUCUGCGUUUUCUGUAGUUUUUUCCUUGCUCUUUCUUGCAACAAUGGGCUCUUCAUGAGCUGUUGCGCCCCUUACUUAGCUACCAGGUGGGGAGGAUGUCGUCCGGUAGUCGAGCCAGGGUUUAUGCUGAUGUGAAUACACACAAGGCUAGAGAGUAUUGGGAUUACGAGGCACAUACUAUCGAAUGGGGCAACCAAGAUAGCUACCAGCUUGUCAGGAAGCUUGGUCGAGGCAAAUACAGUGAAGUGUUUGAAGCAGUUGAUGUAACGAAGAAUGAGAAGUGUGUGGUGAAGAUCCUCAAGCCGGUCAAGAAAAAGAAAAUUAAGCGUGAAAUCAAGAUCUUGGAAAACCUGCGAGGAGGUCCGAAUAUCAUUCAACUCUUGGAUGUCGUCAAGGAUCCAGUUUCCCGGACACCGGCUCUGAUCUUUGAGCAUGUGAACAACACCGACUUUAAGCAACUUUACCAGACGCUGUCUGACUAUGACAUCCGGUAUUAUAUCUUCGAGCUCCUGAAGGCAUUGGACUAUUGUCAUAGCAUGGGAAUAAUGCACCGGGAUGUCAAACCGCACAAUGUCAUGAUCGAUCACGAACAAAGAAAACUCCGUCUUAUUGACUGGGGUCUGGCAGAGUUCUAUCAUCCCAACCAGGAGUACAACGUUCGAGUUGCUUCUCGGUACUUCAAAGGACCUGAAUUGUUGGUGGACUUCCAGGAGUAUGAUUAUUCACUGGACAUGUGGAGUCUGGGUUGCAUGUUCGCCAGCAUGAUCUUCAAGAAGGAACCCUUCUUCCAUGGCCAUGACAACUAUGAUCAGCUCGUGAGGAUUGCGAAGGUGCUUGGGACAGAGGAACUUUAUGCGUACCUUGACAAGUACAACAUGGAACUAGACAUCAGAUUUAGUGAAAUCCUUGGAAAGCACUCGCGGAAACGCUGGGAAAGAUUUGUUCAUGCUGAAAACACGAGUCUUGUAACGCCUGAGGCAUUAGACUUCUUGGACAAGCUUUUGCGUUACGAUCACCAGGAGCGUCUCACUGCGAAAGAGGCUAUGCAACACCCGUACUUCCAUCCUGUUGUGAAAGAGGCUGCGAGACAAGCAGCAUCGUCAGUGGCCGCUGUAGCUGCUGUAUCGCCACCGGCAACCUUUGCCGGCACAUCUGGCCAUGGUGGGAACAGCGUCAACAGUUAAUAUUUGCUCGUCCGUCUGCUGUGCUCCUCACUCUUCUGUGUGGUCACGUACUUAAUCGGUCUUCCUCUUUCCGUCGUGACGUUGCCGUGUCACUGGCACCGAUGUACAGCACCCACAAAUUAAUUGGCAGCUUUUGCUGCUGCCGCUACUACGCCCCGAAUGAGACCAAUGUUGUACUUUGUACAUUUCUUUUCUCGGGCUUUGACUUGGUGGAUCUGGUUGUGAAAUUAACGAACAAAGUGUGAUCAGACUACCUAGAUCUAUUUGCGAACUCCAAGGCACAUCUCACGCUAUUUUUAUAAUUGCGCUUUGUAGUGUGAUUAUGUGUGCCAUUGACAUUUUACUUGUUGCGUGGAGUAGUUUCUUGGACUUUCAGUUGUACCGUGCCAUGUUUAGCCAGUCAGCUGUCUGUAACUCCACCCAUCCCUGCAAGUUCAUAGAUUUUUUAAACAUCUCCAACUAUUUUUUCCUUCCGUGUACAGUUGCAGUUGCGUUCUUUGUUCUGUCCUACGUAGUCCAUUAUUAUUUCUGUUGUUGCUGGCUGUCAUAACAUUUUCUCCUGGCAUGUUGCAUUUCACUCGUUGAUCUUAGGGAAGAGUUUGCUGCAUCGUGUUAGUCCAUGUCUGACGUUUCCUGCUCUCUGUGUUGACGUCAUUUACACAAGACUGGCGCUUCAUCAUCUUGACCAAUAUGACUACUGUUGCUAGUAUGACAACAGCAAAAGGAAACAAAA